AUGUCUACGUCGAUCACCACAGACGUUAGUAACUAUGAGGCCCGGGGAUAUGGCGACCCAAGCCAUAGUAUGAAAGCCCUGACCUGGCAAGGGAAGAAUUUGGUUAAAGUUGUGGAGACGGCUCGCCCGAAGAUCAUCGAUGAAGGCGAUAUCAUACUUAAGGUGACGGGCAGCACUAUUUGUGGGAGUGACUUACAUCUGUUCCACGAGGCCAUCCCAGAUCUCCAGAAAGGUGAUAUCCUCGGCCACGAGUUCUGCGGUAUCAUCGAAAGCGUGGGGCCCGCGGUCAAAAAAGUUAAAGUUGGCGACCGCGUGGUAGCAUCCUUUCAAAUUGCCUGCGGGCAGUGCUAUUAUUGCAAAAAGAAGUUGUCGUCAAUGUGUGAGCGGACGAAUUCGAGCGAGGCGGCUGAAAAGCUCUAUGGGCGUCGAACAGCUGGUAUGUAUAUUUGGAUACUCCCACUUCACAGGGGGUUUGCUGGUGGGCAAGCGGAGUAUGUUCGUGUCCCUUAUGGUGAUGUGAAUCUCCUUCAGCUGCCUGACGACGUCCCUGACGAAAAGGGGCUUUAUCUUUCAGAUGUGCUAGCAACAUCUUGGAACGCCGUUGUUGAUACAGGUGUUGAGAAGGGUGACACUGUUGCAAUUUGGGGAGCUGGCCCGGUUGGACAAAUGGCAGCUGAAUUCAGCUUCUUUCACGGUGCCAACAGGGUUAUACUUAUUGACGGCGGCCAUGGAAAAUGGCGGUUAGACUUUGUCAAAAAGAUUCUACCUCAACUCGAGACAAUCGAGUAUACGAAUCUCCCAAACGGCGAGUCUGUCACCUCAACUCUGAAGAAAAUGUGCGACGGCCGGGGGCCUGAUGUGGCGAUUGAGUGCGCCGCUGGUGAGUAUGCGAAAGGAUGGGCUCAUUACUUUGAGAGAUUGCUAGGGAUGGAAACAGACACGCCUGAGCUCAUUAACGAGAUGAUUACCUCCGUCCGAGCGUUCGGGCGCUGUGGUGUCACGGGCGUAUAUGCCGGUUAUUGUGAUCACUUCAAUAUCGGAUCCUUGAUGGAGACCGGAAUCCGUCUCAUUGGCAAUGGACAAGCUCCUGUUCAAAAAUACUGGGAAGAUCUCUUGAAGUAUGUUCAGCAGGAAAAGAUUCAUCCUUUGCAUAUGGUCACCCACCGGUUCAAGCUCGAGGACAUGGAGACGGUCUACGACUUGUUCAAUAAGCGUGAGCCAGGUAUGCAGAAGGUUUUUGUCCAAACAAAGUUCUCCGCUCCUCCAGCACGUGGGACACCUUUGUUAACCGAACUCUGA